UUACGAAGACUGAAGUAUAAAAUUUUCAAUAACGAUUUGACGAAGUGUUUAUUUCUUAAUUGCAUAGAUCUACACAAAUAAAACAAGUGCUCCAAGUCAAGAAUAGUCACUUUUAUACCUAUUUUUGUUUUUUUGAUAAAAAUAAUUUUAUUUAUUUACAAAUCUGAAGAUGUGAACAAACAAAAAUAAUAUUAAUUAUAUUACCCAGUUACAAUUAAAGAAGUCAGCUGUGAUAUAAAUUUAUAGUACACAUGUACAACACAAAUCUUAUUAGUUAUUGAAAAUUACGUAGUUAUAUCUUAUUCAGUAAAUUGUGGAAUCGAAAAAGUGUACUCAACAAAAAUGUCACAAACUAGCAAAGAAUCUACGAAUUCUAAGUCAAUAUUUCUCAAGAAUGAACAUAUUUUAACCGUACUCAUAUGUGCAAUAUCGAUACCCUUAUCCAUGUCCAUGUGGAUUAUUAAUUUAAUUUAUUCUAAAUUUAUUAUCAGAAAUGAAGGAUUUGAUGAACCGGUAGUUAUUUCACCCGCACGCUGGUUGGCAUCUUGUUUUAUUCCUCUGGUUAUUACUUUUAUUGGAUAUAGAAAAAAAAGCCUUAGCCUAAGUGGCGCAAUACUUGGAUUUGGAGUGGGGUUCAUCUUAACACUAAGUAAUUACUGCUUUCUUGCGGUAUUAUUUACGUUUUUCAUUUCAUCAUCAAAAGCAACAAAACUGAGACCACAUUUGAAACGCAAAUUUGACCCUGAAUUUAAAGAAGGAGGUCAAAGAAAUUGGAUUCAAGUGUUGUGUAAUGGAGGCAUGGCUACUCAGCUAGGUUUACUGUAUUUAAUAGAUGUUGGAGCAUCUGAAAAACCAAUAGAUUUUAUAAGAGAUUAUAGAGCUUCAUGGCUUUCCAUGGGUAUCCUUGGUGUAUUUGCCAGUUGCAAUGGAGACACUUGGGCAUCUGAAUUGGGAACUGUGAUUUCCAAUAGUGAACCAUAUUUAAUUACAUCUUUAAAAAGAGUUCCUAAGGGAACCAAUGGAGGAAUAAGUUUAAUGGGAACAAUUUUCAGUGGACUGGGAGGAUUUAUAAUAGGUUUAUCCUAUUACAUAGCCAUAUUGUACUUUUCAGAUAGAUCCAUCUUAACAUAUGCUCCUCCUCAGUGGCCAUUGCUUGUAUAUGGCACUUUUGGUGGAUUAAUUGGUAGCUUUAUAGAUUCCUUAAUGGGAGCAACAUUGCAGUACUCCGGUAUGGAUAAAAAUGGAAAAAUAGUGUCACAUUCUAGUGGCUCUGUAAAACACAUCAGUGGAAAAAACAUUUUGGAUAAUCAUAGUGUUAAUCUGAUAUCAACUGUUAUCAUGGGUUUACUUAUGCCUACUAUCAGCAAAUACUUAUGGCCGAUGUAUUAA